AUGGAGAGUGUGGAUCUAGUCGUGGUUGGCGCAGGUUGGAGCGGGCUCGCCGCGAUUAAAACCUACCUAGAGGUCAACCCAGAUAGCAACGUUCUUCUGUUGGAUGCUGCUAGCUCCGUGGGUGGAGUAUGGGCUAAGGACCGCCUGUAUAAGGGCCUGAAGUCAAAUAACAUGCUAGGAACUUACGAGUUCAGCGACUUUCCCAUGGACGAGGCUAAAUUUGGUGUUCAUACCGGUCAGCAUAUUCCUGGUGCGACUCUUCAGCGAUACCUAGAGGCAUAUACCGAGCGAUUCAACUUGAUUGACCGCAUCAGAUUGAAUCAUCGCGUCGAAAGUGCCAAACAUAAUCUGGAUGGAACAUGGCAGCUGACUGUAUCGCAUGCGAAUACUUUACUGGUCAUCGACACGAAAAAAUUGAUUGUGGCAACGGGUGUCACCUCCCAGGCAUACUUGCCGAAUUUUAAGGGACAGGAAUCCUUUGGUGCACCGCUGUUCCAUUGCCGCAGCCUGCAUCAGUUCGAGGGUGAGGUACUGCGGGCUGGAGAGCGGGUGACUAUAUUUGGCGGCACAAAGUCGGCAUGGGAUGCAGCAUACGCCUGUGCGACUUCGGGGAUGAAGGUGGAUUGGGUCAUUCGAGAAUCUGGACAUGGUCCAAUUUGGAUGGCACCACCGUAUGUGACACCGCUGAAGAAGUGGUUAGAGAAGCUAGUAACCACACGGUUUUUGACCUGGUUCAGCCCCUGCAUCUGGGGAGAUGCCGAUGGGUUUACGCGUAUGCGGAACUUCCUGCACGGAUCAUGGCUUGGCCGCAAAAUUGUCGAUGCUUUCUGGUCGGUCUUGGCUGACGACAUGGUACAGCUGAAUGGAUAUGAUAAGAAUCCUGAGAUGCAGAAGUUAAAGCCAUGGGUGAGCCCGUUCUGGAUUGGCUCAUCACUUAGCAUUCUUAAUUACCCUACCGACUUUUUCGAUCUUGUCAAGGAUGGUACCAUAAAAGUACAUAUCGCCGAUUUAGAUCGAUUAUCAGACCAUACAGUUCACCUAUCGACGGGGGAGGAGUUGCAGAGUUCUGCUUUGAUCUGCGCCACUGGCUGGCGUUCCACGCCUAAUCUGAAAUUUCUUCCGGAGGGUAUCGACUCUGAGCUGGGGUUUCCAUGGAGCACAGACCCUCUUAGCAAUGCCAUGAUAAAUGAAGCAGACGAGGCGAUUUUGCGCCGAUUUCCUCGCCUGCAAGACCAACCAAACCCUAAUCCAAAGUUUCAGCCACUUAAUGCGGAAUCAGAAGCCGCAGUGCCGCAUCCAUUCCGACUUGCACGAUUUAUGGUGCCACUUUCAGUCUUCAACGAUCGAUCUCUUGCCUUUAUGGGUAUCACAAUGACUAUAAACACUGCAUUAGUCGCGCAGACGCAAGCACUAUGGAUUUCUGCCUAUUUUGGAGACCAAUUGACAUUAAAAACUAAUGAGCGCUGCCCACUUGCAGUGCGUGCCGCUUCAGAUGUCAAAUUGGAAGAUGACGACUCAGCUCUUGACCUAGCGUGGGAGACAACUCUACACUCGCAGUUUGGCAAAUAUCGCUAUCCAGCAGGUUUUGGUCACAGAAAUCCAGAUUUCGUCUUCGAUGCCAUUCCGUACCUUGAUCUGAUGAUGCGUGAUUUGGGUCUACCAAUUGAACGGAAGAAAGGUCUGCUGGCACAGUGUUUCCAUCCGUAUGGCCCUGGGGAUUAUCGAGGGCUAGUUACGGAGUGGAAGGCAAAGCGGCCAUUCCAACAGCGAUGUGUUGAUUAA